AUGGGGAACGUCGUCUUGUCGCCCGCCCUUCCAUCCGAGUUGCUGCAUUACAUUAUCAGCUGCUGCGCCCACCCGACGACGCUGAUCGUCUGCUCCUCGCAGGACGACUUUGUCGCAGCCUUUCUCGGCGAAGGGCCUCUGGACCAGCAGCAGAGAGCGCGUGAGCAACGAAGCCGGCUCGUGCAGGCGCCCUCGUCGCUGCUCCAGGUCGCCGUCUCGCGCCACAUCCGCGUCGCCUUUGUUCCGACGGUCGUGCACCUGCGGGCCUUUCUUGCCGCGUUUGAUCCGCGCGCCAGCCGCAUCGGGCCUCCCCCCGAGCUGGAGAGCAGCAGCAGCAGCAGCAGCAGCAGCAAAAAGGACGCGGCACCACCAGUCGUCAGGCCGUCCCUGUUUGCCUACGGCUUCGUCCAGCUGCACCGCGACUCCAGCGAGUGGAGCGCGCAGGGUCUCGCGACCUCAGCAGCCGUGCUCGUCGAGACGGCCGGUCGUGCUGGUUUUGACGCCCUCCUCGUCGACAUACGGUCGAGCCACGACCUCGACGAGCGGGUGCCCAUCCUCAGCACGGUGCCCCGGCGACAGCUGCAGAAGGCCGGCUAUCCCCUGCGCACCGAGCGGCUGCGAGCCGUGCUGGGCCGUUGGUUCCGAUUCGCCCCAGGGGCCUGGGACGGCGACGACAGCAGAGACGGUGACGGACCAUCGGCAGAGGCGAAGCAGGUGUCGGACAGCGGCGGGAGACCACCGGAAAGGCAGCAGAUAGCACCAAGAGACUACGUCCGGGACAGCGAGGACGAUGAGAGCAGCCUCGGCGACGCGUCAGAGGAAUUUACAGCAGACGAUGCGGUUUCAGCGUUAUGA